CGAAGGGGGAGACCUAUAUAGACCUCUUAGUGCUUGAGUACCUCACAAGUGAGCACUCUUCUAUUCAACAUGAACACUCUGCUUCUACUGGUGUGCCUCUCAGUCGGCCUGGCUCUAGGCGAGGAGAAGGUAGCCAAGAAGCAUGAUAAGCGAGGUUUGUUCGAGUUGGGCUACGGUUACCCCCACCACGCCCUAGCGCACUCCGUAGUCCCCGCCCCACUACCAGUACAUCACGUGCCUGUAGUCCAUCACCCCCCUCCACCAGCACUAGUGGCGCACACUCACACGCACACUACUGUCACCAAGCAUGUGCCUGUCGCCGUGCCUGCGCCUUACCCUGUCACAGUCGAGAAACAGGUGCCCGUACCCGUGCCAGCCCCCUACCCAGUGCACGUGCCUAAGCCCUACCCCGUGGUGGUAGACCGUCCCUACCCCGUACACGUAGAGAAGCAUGUCCCCGUGCCUGUGGACCGUCCUGUCCCCGUGGCGCACCCUGUUGCUGUGCCGUACCCUGUACCCCAGCCGUACCCCGUGGUCAAGCAUGUCCCCGUGGCUGUGCCCCACCCAGUACACCCGGCCCCCGCCCCUGUACAUGGACACCCUUGGUGAUACUCUGCUGAUACUAACCAUGUCUGCCUGUACCUACCUGGUUCUCAGGACUGCCUUUAGUUGUGUAAUUUUUGUAUAAAAUAAUAUAUCUAACUUUUGUAGAAAACAUACAA